AUGCGCCUUGAUUCUAACAUGCUUCAAGGGCCGCUCCCAGUUCGACCACCUUCCAUUUCUUUCUAUACGAUCUCAGACAACACACUGGCUGGAGAAAUUCCACAUUUGAUUUGCAAUCUAAGUUCAAUAGCUAUUCUCAAUUUGGCAAGCAACAACUUGAGUGGUCCUCUUCCACAGUGCUUAGGCAACUUGAGUGAUUCUCUCACAAUUGUGGAUGUACACAACAAUAAUUUUCAUGGAACCAUUCCUCAGAUCUUCGGGGAAGGAAAAGAAUUGAGGAUGAUUGAUUUAAGCCAAAAUCAAUUACAAGGGCGUAUACCUAGAUCAUUAGCCAAUUGUACCAAGCUUGAAGUUCUUAAUCUUGGUAACAAUCAGAUACAUGAUAUUUUCCCCUUCUGGUUGGGCAUUCUUCCAGAGUUGAGGAUUCUUAUUUUGAGAUCUAAUGAAUUCUUUGGUUCAAUGGGACAUUCUUUCAAUUCUCCGAACUUGCGCAUCAUUGACUUCUCAAAUAAUGACAUUACUGGUAAACUUCCACAUGAAUACUUCCAAAAUUGGAAAGCCAUGCAGAUCGUUGAUACAGUGCACAUAGAGUACAUGGAAGAAGAAAGAGCUCAAAAGUCACCUAUAGGAGGUCCUAUCCCAAUUCCAUUGGCAAACUUGACGGGGCUAGAAUCAUUGGAUUUGUCACAAAGCAAGUUGUCUGGUGUGAUCCCUCCUCAGUUAACAGAACUCACUUUCCUUUCACACUUUAAUGUCUCCCAUAAUCACUUGACAGGACCUAUACCACAUGGGAAGCAAUUUGACACAUUCAACAACAAUUCGUUCAGUGAGAAUCCUGAAUUAUGUGGAAGCCAUUUGUCAAAAAAAUGUGAGAAUCCUGAGGACUCACCGCCUCCAUCUUUAAGCCACAACUCAAAGUUCUCAUUUGAAUUUAGUUGGAAAGUAGUCGCGAUGGGAUACGGAUGUGGAUUCAUGUUUGGAGCAGUGUUUGGGCAAAUCAUAAUCACAAAGAAGUAUGUGAAGGUGAAUUGCGAACUGCUACGUCAUUUGGACUCUAGCAUACUCACACCAGAUCAAGAAGAAGGACCCAUGAAGGCCAACAAGUGGGUUCUAGAUCUCAACGGCUGUACAGAGGAGCAAAAAGUACAGUACACAAGGCAUCUACUUCAGGGAGAGGCCAGUAUCUUCUGGGAUACUAGGAGGGAACUGCUGAUAAGGGAAUUGGACAAUAUUGCUGCUUUGACCUAG